UACACUAUACAUUAACACAUUACAGUAUUACACUACACACUACACAGUGAAACGUGGUUUUAUUUAUGUGUUAUGUCUGUUUUUAAUUUAAUUUUUUUAAUAUUCUCGUAGUUUAUACUUUAUAGGUACAUAGUUAUGGAUAUUUUUGAAAUCAUUCUUGGAAGUUAUGAAUCAUAUGUGAUUGGUGUAAAAUGUCGCUUCAAAAGCCAACAGACCAAGGAAUUAGAACUGGUGCAAUCAUUCAAUGAUCAUGUUCAUCAAGCUAGUAUCCGUUCGGUAGCAUGUUCAUCCAAGUAUAUGGUAUCAAGUAGCACAGACGAGACUAUCGAGGUAUACAAUAUGGUCAGGCGAUGUCAUGUACACACUAUACUACAGCACAGUGGCACAGUUACAUCUUUAUCAUUCACACCAGAUGAAUCACAUUUAAUUAGUACUAGUGAAGACGGAUCAAUAGCAAUGUUUGAGACUGGUACAUGGAAGCUAAAGAAGUUAUGGGACAAAGCUCAUAAAGGAUCAGCCGUUUCUUUCCUAGCAGUUCAUCCUAGUGGCAAACUAGCAUUAUCAGUCGGAAAAGAUAGAACACUAAGAACUUGGAAUUUAGUUAAAGGUAGACCUGCAUACACUACCAAUCAGUCAAGUAUGAGUGCUUAUUACUUUUUUGAUAAUAUUAUUUGGUCUCCAGCCGGACAGUAUUAUGGUCUACCUCUAAAUACCAAGCUAAUGAUUUUCAAUGUAGAAACUGCGGGAAUUGCUUUUACAAUUGAAGACAAUCAUAAAAUACAUGGUGCUACGUUUAUAACGGAAAAUUUGGUAUGCUAUGGCUCAGAAAAUGGUUCACUACAUUGUUACGAUAUAAUAAAUAAAGAAAGCAUUUGGGAAAUUAAAAUUGGAGAUACUAGAGUAAAAUGUUUAAUCAAAAUUGAUAGUAGACUUGUAACAGCACUAAGUGAUGGCCACGUUACAGUAUGGGAACUUAAUGGCAGUAAAACACCUGUUGAAAGUUGUUCGCUGUUUUUAGACUGUAGAAUUACUUGUAUUUGUAACAAUUCUUUAAAAAAAUCAAAAAUAGUAAAAGACGAGUCUGAUGAAGAAGUCGAAGUUAAAAAUGAUAUUAUUGUGGGUGUAAAUAUUCCUGAUAAGACACAAAAUAAUAAAAGAAAAUUGGCAACCAAUGGUAUCAGCAAUCAAACAAAAAAUAGCAUUAAGAAAAAAAAGAGUGUAUCAAACAGUUGGAAAGUCAGUGAAAAUGUUUAAUGUAAUACAUUUUUUUUUGAUAUUAAAUUAAUAAGACAGUAAGUCAUUUUUAUCAUUUAUGUACAAUUGUCUCUAUAACCAGUAUAACCUGAUCCAUGAAAUUGAAACUACUGUUUCUGGUUUCAUAAAUCAUUGCCAUUAUAUACCAAUAUACCAUACAAUAGGAAAUUCUUACUAUUAGAUUUUUUCUAGAUCACAGAGCAGCCAAUUAUUGCAUGC